UCGAAGUGUUAUUGUAGUUGUAGUUUUAUCUCGUCUAGGCUAUGAAGUAGAUUGUAUUCAUGUUAAUCUAGUUUAUUUAAGUAAUGAUAGCUCGCAAGCUAGGCUAACAGGUUUUGUUCGUUUCAUGUAGUAUUUACAGCUUAUACUUUAAGAAGGUUUCGUCAUGUCGAAGCAGCCGCUGGGGAAGACUCUGUUGAGGAAUGUAAUCCGUCACACUGAUGCCCAUAACAAGAUCCAGGAGGAGAUGGAGAUGUGGAAAAUGAGAGGCUGGGAGACCCAGACGUCCCGUCCCAAGCAUUUGCCGGAUACAGAGCGUGUGAGGGGAAGAUUGCACUAUGAUCGAGUGCCAGAUCAACGUAGAGACAUAGGUGGAAGUGGAGAGCGAGCAUCAGAACAUGAUGACAGAGAGGCUCGGUACUGGACCCGCAAACUGUACGAGUUUGAGUCAAAAGAUCCUGAAAGGUGGGGACACAGUGGCUUCAAGGAGCUUUAUCCAGAAGAGUUUGACAGUGAUUGUGAAAAAAACAGUGCCAAAAAAAAGAUUGGGCAUCACAAAAUGAAAAGGUCCAAGUCUGACACGAGCCUAUCGAAGCGAUCAUCAAAGAAAUCCUCCCGAAAGAAGAAAAAGAAGAAGAAAAAGAAAGAAGACGAGGCAAAGCGCAAGAAAGCAGAAAGCUCCAGCAGCAGUGACGAUAAAGACAAGCUGCGAAGGAAAAAGAGUAAAAGUCGCCAUAAAGACAAAAAAACUGCCAAAAAGAGAGUGAGAGAUGAAGACAGCAGCUCAGGGGAAAGUGAUGACGAAGAAGAAAGUGAGAGACGGACUCACAGCCGUAAAAAGCGAAAGCACAAAGACUCAGACUCAGGGCCAUACUCUCAAAAGAAGAGGAAAAACUGGAAAGCAGGUGUGGACAGCCAGACCGAUAGCUCUGCAGACUAAGAUUCACAGAUGUGGACGAACACACAGCUCAGGGAAAGACCAGGAAAGUACAGCAGAUUCUUUUGUUCCCCUUCCCAUCACAGAGGGCUUCUCCCUGCAGGGCCGUUCUUUUUCGUAGUGUUAGACAUCAACACACCUGAGCUGUCGGCUCUUUCUGUGGGCGUUCUGUGCAGCGAUAGCUCAUCCACUCCUGCUGUAGCUUGAAGCAUGGCAGUGCAGACAGCUUCAAGAGGGAUGGUGGGGUAUCCAGCACCUGGCCCAGGAAGAAUCCUGUCGGCUGCAGGCUCAUUGAUUGAUCCUUGACUCAGACUGUCUGUAUCAUGAGGAGACCCUCAUGUCCUUAAUUGACUGCUGCUUUUUUUGUAAGACAUAUUUUUUAUGGAAAAAGACAACUUAUGCAACUUCUCUCAUAAAUGAUUCCCUCUUAUGAUUGAAUGAACAUCUGUUUUUAUUAGUUUUUUAGUUUUGUAAAUUUUAAUACUUGUAUCCAGCACAUUGUGAUAGUUGAAAAAUAAACAUCUAUGUUUGUGUUUUUGUA